AUGUCCACCAACCCAGAGAUCAUGUUCCUCGGCUCAGAGUGCAACCACCCAGCCUGCUACCUCCACGACUUUCUCCCCUUCUCCUGCCCAGCAUGCCAUCAGUCAUUCUGCCAGCCGCACUUUCUCCCAUCGCAGCACUCUUGCACGGCCCCCUUGCCACCGUCCAUGGUCGACAGGAUCGCCCCCACAUGUCCCAUGUGCAGCGAGAUCGUGCCGUUCCCGAAGAGUAUGGACCCGAACGAGGCUGUCGAACAGCAUAUCCUCGGAGGCACUUGCACUGGCUUUCAGGGCGGGGAGGAGAGGAAGAAGGCAGAAGUCAAGAGGCGGCGAGAUGCGGGCGAGGUCUGCUGGCGAAAGACGUGUGGCAAGGUCUUGGUCGUCAAGAUGAAGUGUGAUACAUGCCAGCACAUGUUUUGCCCAACUCAUCGACGGCCCAACGCGCAUUCGUGUACCAACCAAACCCCUUCCCCCGGCUCCUCCUCUUCAGGUCUCGUAACGCCACAGCUGCACGUACCCAACCCUUCUCGUCCUGCAGGAAAGUCUGCCAUGUCCCGUCUCCUCCCACCAUCCAUGCAGCCUCCCGCUGGAGCCUCCGCCAAGCCCUCUCUGCCCGCCAAGACUGCGCCGUCGCCAAAGCCUUUACCAGCUACGGUCGUGCAGAAUAGCGAGCCUGCGACGACGGGUGGGACAGGGCAAAAGAUGGAUGCGAGGGCGGCGGCUGCGGCUGCAGCGCUGAAGAGGGCUGGACAGGAUGUCAAGGUGCCUUUCGUGAAGAGUACCACGCAAAAACGAACCAAGGCAGAGAUUGAUUCACAGAUGAAGGCGCUCAAAGCCCGACACGAUAAAGGUCUCCUCACCAAAGCCGAGCAGGUCAAGUAUGCGGAACUCGUAGGCGAGAAGGAAGCGAGUAGACGGUCGGGAGGGAAUGGGGAGAAGGGCAAGGAUAAAGAUUGUAUCAUUGCGUAG